GCUCGAAAGCUGGGAAUGGCAAGAGCAAUCAGGCGAUUCUCCAUCGUUCGCCGUUUGGUGCGGUCCUUCUGCGUCCUUCCACUUCUCCCUCAGAAUUUCAUCAUGAAGGGGUUCCGCUCCAUAUUGAGGCUUGCCUUGAAGAAGAAUGUGCCUGGGGUGAUAACUGGCCUUGCAUCCUACUGGUUGCACACUUGGCGUCCAAAGCUACACAUUCUAUCUGUGUCCGGUUGUGAAGAUCGAACCACAAAUUGCUGCGAGUGUGACAACAGGAUGCUUCAAGACGCUGUUCGGGAAAAGCGUCCAAAUGUCUGGAAUUUUAUUGAUGGAGUUCGAGAGAUGGAAGACACCACCCAGCAGGAUCUGCAUGUCCUGAGGAAGAAGAAGAAAGCCGUCAGGCGAAGGUCGGUAUCUGCUGUGGCAAAUGAUGAGACCAUAAGAGUUCUCACUCAAGAAUUAAAGGACAAACACAUUUCCGUUGCAUCUUUUCUGAAAGAUGCAUCCUACACAAUUGUUAAGGCACUCAACAGAGGCCUUAACGGCAAGAAGAAAAUUAGGAGGAACAUCUAA